CAUAGAGUUUAUGAACAACAGCUUACAGCCCGCACUAGUGAUUAUUAGUGCUACUAAUAUUUUAGACUGGCAUUUGGCAUUCGUCUAUUUUAGUUUUGUUUGGCUAGCUAAAAUUCUUAAGAAUAAUUUUUAAUAAUGGAAGCGACACAAAAUGAAGUACUAAAAGAAAGUUCAGAUAGUGUUUCGCCGGAAAGUAAUAAAGAAGAAAAACCACCCACACAAAAACCAGCCAUUCAAGAUCCACCAAAGAAAUCAAAAAAAGAUGAUCGUUCCAAAAAAGAUGACAAAAACGUUGAACAAUUUAUGAAAUCACUUAACUCAGUACCAAAUGUUGAUGAAAAACUGUCAUUGGUGUGUAAAAAAUAUGUACAAGCGACCGAAGACAAUAAAAAAUUACAAUUCUACAUCAAACAGUCAGAUAAACGCUAUGCAUUGCUAUCCAAAGAGAAGGAGCAAUUGCAACUUGAAUACAAUAAAACAAUAUUAGUUAAAUCUAAGUUGGAAAAUCUGUGUCGAGAGUUGCAGAAACAGAAUAAAGCUAUUAAGGAAGAAUCUCUUCUCAAAAUUCGAGAGGAAGAAGAGAGACGUAAGGAAACACAAACCAAGUUUCAGAACACCCUCUCUGAAAUAACAACAUUAUUGCAACAAAACAAUGAAAAAAAUGCUAAAUUGAGGGAUGACAAUAUUAGUAUGACGGAGAAGUUUAAAAGUGUUGUACAACAGUAUCAGUUGAGGGAGCAACAGGUGGACAAAAUGGCUAAACAAAUGACCUUAGAAACUCAAUUAUCUGAUGCGAAAUUGCAAAAAGCCUCUCUAGAGCAUCAAGCAGAAAGAGAACGUAUUCUAGCCGAGAUGGAACAGAUGAAGGUGACCCUUGCACAGUACAGGGCGAAGAUCAUCGAACUACAGGGCACAGAGUCAUCGUUGAAGGGUCAGCUGGCAAUUUACAUGGAGAAGUAUGAUGAGUUCCAGAAUGCUUUGGUGAAGAGUAAUCAAGUAUUUGGUGGUUUUAAAGAACAAAUGGAAAAGAUGUCAAAAAAAAUUCAAAAGUUAGAAAAAGAAUCACUUUCAUGGAAAAAACGUUGGGAGACCUCACAAACUGCUCUCUUGGACAUGUGUGGAGAGAGGCAGGCUAGCGAGGAGCGAGCCGCCGCCUCAGCAAAACAUCUCUUGCAGAUGCAGAGUCUGUGUCGAACUCUACAGGCGGAGCGCACGGUGCUGCUGAGCACGCUGAAGGAGCACAACAUCGAGCGGCCCGCGCUGCCCGCGCCGCCGCCCGCGCCGCCCGCGCCCCCCGCGCCCGCCGCGCCCGCCGCGCCCUCCAGCGACGCCAAGGUUGAUGCAAUGGCAGCGAAUUGUGCACAAUUAAGACAGAGUCUUGCACAUCUACAAACUCAAUUGAACGUACUAACUAAUAAAAAUAACACUAAAGAAGAAUCUCCGAUACCAGAGAAACCGAAAAAGUCAAAAUCGAAAAAGAAUAAGUCGGAUAAACAAGCACAAAAAGCGAGUCAAGAAAGUAGUAAAGCGAAAGAAGCGGACAGUGAAUCAAGUGUUAAAGAUACGCCAAAGGAAAUCUCACCCAGUGUUGAGGAAACUAAAGUUGAAAACGAACAAGAAACAGACGAGAAAAUAGAUAGUAAAACAAUGGAAAGUCUCAUACAAGCAAUUAACAUGGCUAAUAUAAAUAUUUGCGAUUUAGAAGUUGUUACUGAUGAUAUUGAUAAACCAAUCGGUGACAUUAAUGAAGCAAAGGCAGUAUUAAUAGAAGAAAUAAUCGAACUACAAAACAAUGAGCUGAGUAAUAAAGUUGUUUCAAGUGAAAACGAAACAAAAAGCGAAAAUAUAGUUGUUACAACUGACGUUGAACCAAAAGGAGUCGCAGUUACGAAUACUGAAUCAAUCAAAGAACCUGGUGAUCUUGAAAAGGAAAAAAUUGCUGAAGAAACACCAGUCAGUACAUAAACCAAGGAUUUAAGCUCAUCCUAUGUAAAUAGACUUUUGUGACAUAUUUUUAAUUAGUGUCAGAUUGAAUCGUAAUGCGAUAUUGUUAUAAAUGACUAGGAAUUUGUUAUUCUUUAUAAAAAUGGGGUUUUCAGCAGUAUUAGGACGAACAAACAUAUUUCUUAUGUUUUGUUACGUUAACAAUUCAAAUAAAGUUUAUGAACUUGA